AUUAAUUUUUUACCAUAUCUAGGUGUUUUAAGUCAAGAAUUAAAUUCACAAAUCUAUCGAUUAUGUACGCUAGCAACGUAUAAAUCAUAUAUCGCAGCAUCUUAUGUGAAAUAUAUCGAAUCAGCUGGAGCGCGUGUUGUUCCUAUUAAAAUUGGUCAACCGGAUUCUUAUUAUGAAGAAAUUGUUAAUUCUGUAAAUGGUAUUUUAUUACCUGGUGAUAAUGCAUUACUAAAUGAAACACAUGGUUAUGGUGAAGCUGCACAUAAAAUUUAUAAAUUAAUAAUCAAUAAAAAUAAAAAUAAUCAACAACCAAUACCAUUAUUUGGUAUAUGUUUAGGAUUUCAAGCAAUCAUCUAUAAUGCAUUAAAACAACAAGAUAUUCGAACACGAUGUCAUAUAAGUGGUAUAUCGUUACCAUUAAUUUUCCAAUAUGAUUAUACAAAAAGUCGUUUAUUCAAAACAGCUCCAUAUGAGAUUAUAAAUAUAUUAAAAUCACAAUCCGUAACAGCAAAUAGUCAUUCAUAUUGUAUUACAUCGAAGGAUGCAAUAAAAUAUAAAUUAAAUAAAAAAUGGUUAAUAUUAUCAACGAAUAAAAUCCGUAAUCUAUUAUAUAUCUCAUCAAUUGAAUCUAAACAUUAUCCAAUAUGGGGUAUACAAUUUCAUCCAGAGAAAACAAUGUUUGAAUGGAGUAAAGAACAUUAUGAUCAUACUAUACAUGGUAUAUUAGUAUCACAAUAUUUAAUGAAUUUCUUUGUAAAUGAAUGUCCGAUUAAACGUAAAGCUCAAAUUGCUCAACAUAUUAACGAAUUACAUCAGCAUGGUCAUGGAGAAUGGCCACCAUUCAUGGGUCCACAUAAUUCACGACCAAUAAUUGGUAUAUUAAGUCAAGAAAUUAGUCCACCAUUAGUUAAUUGUGUUCCAUUUUACCUGUCGAUAUCCAAGUAUAAAUCGUACAUUUCUGCAUCUUAUGUAAAAUAUAUUGAAAUGGCUGGUGCCCGUGUUGUACCUAUCAGAAUUGGACAAUCAACACAGUAUUAUCAAUUGAUGGCGUCCUCAUUAAAUGGAGUUGUUUUUCCUGGUGGAGCCGCCAUGUUAACAGCAAAUGAUGGAUAUGCAGAUGUUGCAAAAAUAUUUUACUCGUAUGCAAUCAAUCAAAAUUUACCAAUAUGGGGUACAUGUUUAGGUUUUGAAAUAAUUCUUGUAUUAAGUGCUGGAACAGAUCUUCGAACACGAUGUAAUGUAAUUAAUAGUAUAACAAGACCGUUAAGAUUAAGAAAAGAGUAUAAAGCAAGUCGAAUAUUUAAAUUGAUGCCAUUAAACAUAUUAAAUAUCGUACAAAAACAAUCAGUGAUGACAUACAUGCAUAGUCAUUGUGUGACCAUGAAGAAUUUCACACAUCAUAACAUGACAAAAGAUUGGUUUAUUUUAACAACAUCAACCACACCGAACAACUUAACAUUUAUAUCCACAAUUGAAUCGAAAAAAUAUCCAAUCUGGGGUGUACAAUAUCACCCAGAAAAAGCACUAUUCGAUUGGACCCACACAUCAAUUGUACAUACAUUUAAUGCAAUUAAAGUAUCACAAUAUUUAAUGAAUUUCUUUGUAAAUGAAUGCCGGAAAAAUCAUAAUCGUUUUCCAUCGAUGAAAAAAGAGCAAAGUGCUCUGAUCUAUAAUUAUAAAUCGAUGUAUAUUGGAAAAUUCGGUUGUAAAAUUGAACAAUGUUAUUUUUUAAAUUAA